AUGCAGCAUUUGACGGUUGAAUUAGUGGACAUUGAUCUUCGACAAGGAGACAAGGCUUGGGUAGGACACAAACUGUUUUGCCCAUUCAGAUUGCCUCGGCCUUCAAGUUACCUAACAAGUUUGCCUUUUGUCUUCCAUCUUCAACUGGGUUGUAUAUACUACUUGAAUCCUUCUACCCUAAACUUCACUAAGUCGCUUACCACCACUCCACUCAUCGUUAAUGCCGCUCAACCGGAUGAAUAUUUCAUUAACGUGAAAUCCAUCAGAGUCAACGGUACUAAACUCAUUUCUUUCAACACUUCCUUGCUAUCCAUCGAUAGAAACGGAGUUGGUGGAACCAAAUUAAGCACCAUAACCCCAUGUACCAUCUUGCAAACUUGUAUCUACAAAUGUCUUGUUAGUGAGUUUGUGAAAAAGGCCUUAUCUAGAAAGAUCAAAAUGGUUGCAUCCGUGGCACCAUUUCGAGCAUGCUUUAGCUCAAAGACUAUGGCUAGCACCAUAACCAGACCAGCUGUGGCAAGUAUUGAUCUUGUUGUGCGAAAGGGCGUUUAUUGGAGGAUUUAUGGUGCCAACUCAAUGGUGAGAGUUAACAAAGAUGUUUCUUGCCUGGGAUUUGUGGAUGGAGGGCCACAUCCAAUAACCUCAGUCGUGUUAGGCGGGUACCAGAUGGAGGAUCAUUUUCUUGAGUUUGACCUAACUUCAUCCAAACUAGCUUUAGCUCUUCCCUCCUCCUCUACAAUUCCACUUGUUCUUUGUCUAGAACUUCUUAGAUUGUUGUUCUCUGCAAAUUUGAGUUCUCAAUAAUGUCUUGUUUCAUUUCUUUUUGAGAAAGAAAUAUGUCCAGAACUUUUAAAAUUUUUGUUCUCUGCAAAUUUGAGUUCUUAACAAUGUCUUGUUUCAUUUCU